GUGUUACUACAAAGCAAUUCAUGUAGAACCGUCUAUGAUCUAGAGCAUAUUUUUUUCAAGCUUGGAAAAGUUCUGAAAACUUUAUACAGGCAAAAAAAAUUAAGAAAUUUGUUAAAAAAGCAUCACAAGUGAUAAGUACUGUAACUAAACUAUCUAGAAAUCAAAAUAAAAACUAAACUAUCCACUUUGUUGUUUUUGCACGACACAAAAUUGCUUGUUCUUUUAUCAUUUUGGAUGAAAGUUUUAUUAGGUAGCUUAGUAUAAGACUGUUAAGAGGUUUACUAAGCAUGAAAAUAUUAGUUAUUAUUUUCAGAAAAUAUUGAAUUUUCAUCUGUGAUGCACUAGAGGUCAUAUCUGUUAUACGAAGGCUUUUUUAUCUUAAAUUUGGAAUGAUAGAAAAUUUUGACAAAAGUGAUUUUAUUGGAUCAAAAUGGAUCGUCAGGAGGAUACAAAGCACAAUGAGCACAUCUGGUCUUUGCAUAGCUAGGAUGCAGACCGCCAACACCAACGCACACACAAGAACACGCUGUGUGGAGACUUUACGGUCCCCAUUGCCAGGUUAGAUCGACUACAUAGCCGCACCAAGUUGGCCCAUCCAUUGGCCAGCGGGCUGCGAAAACCUCUUCACACAAAGUCGAUAAUAAUCAACCAAUGGGGCGCCAGCAGGCAGUCAAGUCACGCGAUGUACACCCUCUAGUGCCACCAGGAUUUAUCGAAAAUCUUGGGGUAUCGGAUGGAAUAUGCCUCAUAGCUGUGACGUGCACACUGGCCAGCUGUCUAGUCAAUUUCCAAGUGUCUCAAUUAAGCGAUGAUGGUUUUACCAACAAAGAAUAUAGUGAGUUGGUAACUGGCACAGUGGAGGUUGCCAUCUCCGUCCCAUAUAUAGUUGUGAAAUCGCACGAGUGCUUGUCCAAUCUGCGGGUGCGGAAGUCAUGGAUCACAUGCCGUCCUAAUGUCUGGAUUUUCAGAGACGCAGUCAUUCUUGUGCUCAUAGCUUACGUGAUAUUAGUGGACAUCAGCUUGAGCUUCGUCUGGCUCGCCAUCUUUCCAGUCAUAGCUCUUGUUUUCAUACGAGCGUUGCACCUCAAGUUCAAUCGGCGUACUGGGGGCAGCAGUCGUAAAGUUAAUCCAGGAUCUUCUAACGCCGCUGAGACUAAAAUGAAAACUAUGGAGGUUGGGAUCAUUGUGAUGAUGACGCUGGGGGCGCUACUGCUUAUGGACCAGCUUCCAGACCAUGCAGCUGCCCAGUUCACCAUCUCACAGUUCCUCCUGUUCCUAAGCUGCACGGUGGCGGCAUUGACGCGCAUGGUGAUGAAGCUGCCCGCUGGCGCCUCACCGGGCAUAGCACUGGCGACGGAGAUGCUCCACAAGACCUUGCUUCUCCUCCUGCUGGCGACGGCGCACAUCGCGGCCGCAGAGUGGCUGGGCGAGGAUGUUGUUCUGCUAUGCUUGCCGGAGGUCAUCCCUGUGCUUCUCUGGUUCAGCCUCCAUCUCGACCGUAAACCAGGAAGCAGCUCCAUCAUCAGCGUUGACAAGUUGAAACCACACAGAAAUUGGCUCAUCUUCCUCGGUGCAAUGGUGGUAGCUCCUCCUUUUGCUUACCUGGCCAACUCCAUGGAUGAAGUUGGGCUCUCCGGCUGGUCUACGACAUUCCAGGUGUCAUGUGGCGUCUCAGGGAUUCUGAGCUACUACCUUGUGUUCAUGCUAAGUCACUGGCCGAAGAAACAAGUAGCAGCUGCUGGCAAGGAUGGUGGGGCUUCCGGUAUGCUCAAAUUAUGGGCAUACGCUUUACUCAUAGCGGCGGCUGCGUCCCUGCUGCUCAGGUGUCUGGUUUCUGCCCGGCUUGGUCUGCAACUACCACUGCAUGCAACGGUUAUAUAUGUUAGUAAUGCUUUGGGUUUUAACUACUCAAAUUAGUAUAAUGAUCUUGUUGUGUACCAUAUCCAGUGUUGUGUAGUGUUUGUAAAAUACACGCGGUGCUGUAUGUGUGUGUACACUGUACAUACAUGCAUACAUAAUUACAUAUACGGCGGCAUGUAUGUGUGUCAGUUUGCAUGUUAAUACUGGAGUCUUGGGUGCA